GGCAAGUAAGGAACCUGCAAGGGCACAAGGAUUAUAAGCGAGAUAUUAUUAACAGUGGAGGUUGCCUUCACCUCAGCAGCACGAUCACGGAGGAAGAAGAAAUAUAUUAAGAAGCCACUAUCGUCUCUACAUUGAAGACAAAAUGGCAGCCGCCAGCUUGUCCAUGCCUGGUUCGAGGAGCCCGAUGCUUGGGUCGGAUGACUAUAGUCUUUACAGUGGCUUGUCAGAAGAUGAGCUGAUUGAGCUGGCUGUUGAACACAGCCUGGCCGAUGCCUACACCUCAGUUACCAGAACAGUCUCCGCCAAAACAUCUGCUUUUCAGAAUGGGCCUGCAUGGAACCCGCCUAAGUCAAACCCAACCUUCACAGGAAGCAGCCUUCCAGGUCCACAUAAUGCCUCUAUGCCAACCACUUUUCCUGUCCUGCAACAGAACCAACAUUGCAAAGAAACGACUGUACCUGAGCAAAGUGCGCUAUCGGAUGAUGCCACCUGGAGCCAUUCCUACAUCACAGACAAUGGCCAACGAUGUGUAGCAUGGAGAAGAUACAACGGCUCUAUGUAUAUCACACCAUCUGAGCUUUUGGACCCUGUUGUCGAAGCAAUCAAGCAGGGUGCAGCAGAGACUCUGAUUCAAAUGUCAUGGAAGGGGAAAAGUCUAGCAAAACCAGACAAGCAGGGGUGGACCCCCCUUCAUGAAGCUGCCUAUUAUGGCCAAGAGAAAUGUCUCAAGGUCAUAUUGAAGGCCCACCCUGAGCUGAUCGACAGCCGCACCCUUCGACAGCAGACCCCUUUGCUCCUGGCUGCAGCAGCAGAUCAAGUGCGCUGUGCACAGAGCCUGCUGCAGAGAGGGGCAGACCCCAACAUACCCAACAAGAAUGGAGAGACCCCCCUUUACAAAGCUUGUGAGCAAGAGAAUGUGGAAACUGUGGCACUGCUCCUGGACCAUGGAGCCCAGGUGAACAGGACCUGUGUCCAGGGCUGGACGGCUCUCCACGAGGCUGUGUGCCGCAACAAUGUGGAGAUAUGUAGGAUGCUGGUGAAUGCUGGUGCCAAGCUCAACGCCCGCAACAUGUACGGCAUUACCCCGCUCUUCAUCGCAGCCCAGAGCGGACGCGUGGAAACCCUCCUCUUCCUCAUCAAGAAGGGUGUGGAUAUAGACAACCAGGCAAAUGAUGGGGCUACAGCUCUGUAUGAGGCCAGUAAGAAUGGGCAUGAAGAGAUUGUGGAGCUCCUUCUGUCUCAGAAUGCAGAUGCUAACAGAGCAUCUAAAUGUGGGUUCCUGCCCCUGCACAUCGCUGCCCAGCGUGGACAUGAGGAAGUUGUGUCACUGCUCAUCCCAGUCACCAGCAAGUCUGAUAUACGGGGCAGUGGCAUCAGCCCUCUCCACUUGGCAGCUGAACACAAUGAGGAUGAUGUCUUGGAGGUCCUGAUCGAGGCGGGCUACGACGUCAAUUUCAUGCUGUCACCUGACCGCUCCAAGAUGUAUGAGGACCGUCGGAGCACAGCGCUCUACUUUGCAGUCUUCAACAGUAACAUCGAAGCCACCACCAUGCUACUGGAAGCUGGCGCUAACCCCAACAGGGAUACAUUCAGCCCACUGCUAGUGGCUCUGAGACAGGGCUGCAUCCAGACGGUCACCCUCCUGGUGGAACACGGUGCAAAUGUGAACGCCUGUGUCCCCACCCACCCCACAUCUUUCCCUGGCACUGUCAUGUUCUGCAUGAAGUUCCUGUCCCUGCUCAAGUACCUGAUGGACAAUGGCUGUGACGCCCUGUCCUGCUUUCAGUGUCCCUACGGCAGCAAGCCUCACCCUCCCAUCAAGACAACCUGUGACCGGAACAGCCUGGAUGACAGGACUGAAGAAGAGACUCCCAAUAUGCCUCUGCAGUUCUGUGAGAUAAUUUCUGCACCAGAGAUCUCUCGCUGGGCGGGACCCGUUAUUGAUGUACUGCUUGAUUACGUGGGCAAUGUACAACUCUGUGCCAGACUCACUGAACAUCUGGACAGCUACGAGGACUGGGCAGGCAUCAAGGAGAAAUGCGCUCUUCCAUGCUCCCUGAUGCAUAUGUGCAGACUGAUGAUUCGCAAACAAGUGGGAACUGUGAGGCUCAACCAGCUGAACACCCUACCUCUCCCAGAACGUUUAAUCAAGUACAUAUCUAUGGAUCGCUUCCAGGCCUGUUAGACACCAGCUGCUGUCUAGCCAAAAAAUGGUGCAUGUUGCAGUCCAGUUUUGUGUGGUAUAUCUUACAUUGGACUGUCAGCCCAAUUUAGACAUUUACUUUGCCUCAUUAUAUAUGUGUGAAAAUACUGGCUGUGAAUUUUACAUGCAUUUGGCAGCAACAUUUGGCAAAAGAAUACAAACAUGAAAGCAUGUCCUAGUGUUUAACAACCAAUCAUUCAGGUGCAGACCUUUUUUGUUAUUGCAAACUUUGCACAGGUUUAUCUGUAUUUUUAUAUAUUCAGUUGUACAAGCCUUUAUAUUAUGAAGGAUAAGUCUUAACAGACAGUUAGGACAGCUGACCACUGGCUUUGGUGAAUAUUUUACUUAAUCUUAGUAGCUGCGUAAAAAUUGUGAACAUGCUCCAAGGUUUGGUUAAAGUUAACAGAAUGUUUUGAAUAGCGAGAAAAGAUUAUUUCUAAAAUUGGUUUAGAAAUAUGUGUUUGAGUAAUGAGUGCCUCAUUAAUUUUCAUUAUUUCUUUAACCAGACAUGUGAAUUGUAAAUUCAUUCAUCCAAUUUAAUUGUAUGUAAGGGUGUUGAACAAUGCAUUACUGUAUAUUAUGGAGUAACA